GGAUCAGAUCUUGGCAGGAUGGCAUUGUCUAUACCCAACAACAUGACCAACCCUAUGGACAGAAGUUUUCCCAUUGACAGGCUUCCUAUAAGCCCCCCCACCAUAGGCUCUUAUUUUCCCUCAUUGUUUCCCCAUGGUCACUACCUGGGCAUCCUGGCAAACCCUCAUGACAUGUUUAACCCUCUGAAGUCCCUGGGCAGACUGGUUAACAAAUCUUCACCAUUAGGAACCUUCAAUUUCAGAGACCUUCCCCCUGUCUUCACCCAAAGCUCUCCUCAGAGCCAGAACAUGUUCAGCUCUCUGCCCACUUCAUACCCCAUCUUCAGUAAAGUCCAGCCUGAACUGUGCAGUAAGAAGGACCCCCAGACUAAUGGACAGGUAGAGGGACACCGAAUUCCCUCCACCCCCCUAGAGAGCCCCAGGGUCAACAAGAAAUGUAAGGGGGUCUCUCUGAGUAUGGCCAGCUUUGAGGGUCCACCAAGCAGGACCUAUCAGUUCACAGAGGAUGAUCUGCACACUGUGCUCUAUGGGCACACCUGUGGCACCGAGACCAAACGUGCCCAACAUAGCGCCACACAUGCCAUCUCUGGGUUGAGGAUACCAGCCAGCUCUACAGGCAUGGACUCCCAGAUAUUGGACAGAGAGGCGCUACAACUCCCAGAAGGUGUGAUCAUCAUGAGGACCAAGUAUGGAGAUCUUCCCAAAUCAGGGGUCUUCAGCACAAACCUCAUCCCUAAAGGGCUGAAAUUCGGUCCGUUUCAGGGGAAAGUGGUCAAUACAAGUGAAAUAAAAACCUAUGAUGAUAACUCGCUGAUGUGGGAGAUUUUUGAAGGCGGAAGACUCAGUCACUUCAUAGACGGGAAGGGGGCAUGUGGGCAUUGGAUGGCACUGGUGAACUGCGCCCGCUUCCCCGAGGAGCAGAACCUGAUCGCAGUGCAAAGUGAGGGGGAGAUUUACUAUGAGACCUGUAAGGAGAUUCUGCCCAACCAAGAGCUUCUGGUCUGGUAUGGCGAUUGCUACCUCCAAUUCCUGGGCAUCCCUGUCAGUCUGAAGGGCACGGAUGAUGGCAGAGGCAGUUUCCAACAAACGGAAGAGUCUGCAGAGGGAUACAAGUGUGAUCGGUGUGGCAAAGUGUUUGCCUAUAGAUAUUACCGUGACAAGCACCUAAAAUACACCCGCUGUGUGGACCAGGGGGAUAGAAAGUUUCCUUGCCAUCUGUGUCAAAGGUCAUUUGAGAAGAGGGACAGACUGAGGAUUCACAUUUUACAUGUUCAUGAGAAGCACCGACCGCACAAGUGCACAGUGUGUGGGAAAAGUUUCUCUCAGUCCUCCAGCCUGAACAAGCACAUGAGAGUCCAUUCCGGGGAGAGACCUUAUAAAUGUGUCUACUGCAACAAGGCAUUUACAGCAUCCAGUAUCCUUCGCACUCAUAUCCGGCAACAUUCGGGUGAGAAGCCUUUUAAGUGUAAACACUGUGGCAAAGCCUUUGCCUCUCAUGCAGCCCAUGACAGCCAUGUGCGCCGCACUCACAAUAAAGAGAAGGCGUACAGCUGUACGUUGUGUGGACAGAACUUCUUGGAAAUGGAGGAGUUCCGAUAUCACAUGCAGAUCCACUCUUCUCUCUAACCAACCCCUCCACCUAUUGCUGCUACCUGUCUGUCUUCUUAGCACUGUGCCAACUAUUUUAGUUUAUUCUAAUUAUUAUUUAUUUUUUAUUUUAUUUCAUUACCAAUAAUUUAUUUAACUUAUUGAAACCGUUAUUUUAUUAAUGUUUUAAUUUAUGCAUUGACAAUGUACAUAUGUUAUAAAUAUAUGCAGAAUUUACAACGUUUUCAACUCUAUGCUUUAAGUGGAAAGAGGGCAGAAAAUAUGAAAUUCCUUUUAGUAAGCUCGGUUAUUUUAAUAUUUUUAAAUGAAAAACUUUGUGUAAGAUGCUGUAAAUGUACAGAUACUGCUUUUCUUCAAGUUCUUAUUCCAUUUGUAGGAAUGAAAAAAUUAUUUUAGAGACUAAAAUAUGAUGACUGUAAAGGUACUUGUAGCAGUGAGAUGUUUGCCACCUAAGGCCUCGUACACACGAUGAGUCCAAACCGAUGAAAACGGACUGAAGUUCAGUUUCAUCGGUCCAA